AUGACUAAAAUCAAUAAGACUGGCAAUACCGGGAAAAACAGCAUAGAAAGUCUAAUGGAUGAAGAUGAGAAAGACAGAGCGAAGAGAGCCUCUCGAAACAAGUCUGAGAAGAAGCGGCGGGACCAGUUCAAUGUUCUCAUCAAAGAGCUAAGCUCCAUGCUCCCUGGCAACACACGGAAAAUGGACAAAACCACCGUGCUGGAAAAAGUCAUCGGAUUUUUGCAGAAACACAAUGAAGUCUCAGCACAAACGGACUUCUGUGAUAUUCAACAGGACUGGAAGCCUUCCUUCCUCAGCGAUGAAGAGUUCACGCAGCUGAUGCUGGAGGCAUUGGACGGCUUCAUCAUCGCCGUGACGACGGACGGCAGCAUCCUCUACGUUUCUGACAGCAUCACGCCUCUCCUUGGGCACUUACCGUCGGAUGUCAUGGAUCAGAAUUUGUUAAAUUUCCUUCCAGAACAAGAACAUUCAGAAGUUUAUAAGAUCCUCUCUUCCCAUGUGCUUGUGACAGGUUCCCCCUCCCCAGGAUACUUAAAAUCCGACAACGAUUUAGAAUUUUAUUGCCAUCUUCUCAGGGGCAGCUUGAACCCAAAGGAGUUUCCAACGUAUGAAUACAUAAAAUUUGUAGGAAAUUUUCACUCCUGCGACAACGCGCCGAGCCCGCCCUGGGCGGGCGGGGAGGGCACCCUCUCGAGGCCGAGCAGGGUGCCGCUGGGGAAGGACGGCUGCUUCAUCGCUACGGUGCGCCUGGCAACACCGCAGUUCCUAAAGGAAAUGUGCAUAGUUGACGAACCUUUAGAGGAAUUCACUUCAAGGCAUAGCUUGGAAUGGAAAUUUUUAUUUCUGGAUCACAGAGCCCCUCCGAUCAUAGGAUACCUGCCUUUUGAAGUUCUGGGCACCUCAGGCUAUGACUACUACCACAUCGACGAUCUGGAGCUGCUGGCCAGGUGCCACCAGCACCUGAUGCAGUUUGGCAAAGGGACCUCAUGUUGCUACCGGUUUCUGACCAAAGGCCAGCAGUGGAUCUGGCUGCAGACCCACUACUUCAUCACCUACCACCAGUGGAACUCCAAGCCCGAGUUCGUCGUGUGCACACACUCGGUGGUCAGUUACUCGGAUGUCCGGGUGGAAAGGAGGCAGGAGCUGGCUUUGGAAGACCCACCACCCGAGGCCAUCCAUCCUUCAGCACCAAAGGACCAGGGCUCAAGCCUGGAGCCGCAGCAACACUUCAGUGCACCUGACGUGGGCGCCUCAGGCCUUCACACAGGCCUCUCGUCAUCAGCGUCCUCGAGAAGUUCCCGUGAACCCCCCCACGCAGCCGUGUCAGAACCCGCAUCCGCUCCAAGCACGCUGAUGGCAGAAGCCAGCACCGCGGCGGCGCCCAGAGCGGCGCCCCGGCCCAGAGAGCUCGGCCCGGCAGCCACUGCGCCGGCUCCCCUGUCUGUCUCAUCAUCCUGUGACCUUUCACAGCAGCUCCUGCCUCAGACUAUUUUGCAGAACCUACCUGUCCCCCUGGCACAGCUGCCGGCGCCGGCCAGCGUGUUCCAGACCCUCCGGGACCAGCUGGAGCAGCGGACGCGGGUGCUGCAGGCCAACAUCCGGUGGCAGCAGGAGGAGCUGCACAGGAUCCAGCAGCAGCUGUGCCUGGUCCAGGACUCCAGCGUCCAGAUGCUUCUGCAGCCGCCAGCUGUGUCCCUGAGCUUCAGCAGCACCCAGCGGCCCCACGCGCCACCUCAGCUCCCGCAGAGGGUGGCCCCGGGGACGCAGGCCCCACUCGCCGCCAGCCCUCGGCUGCCAGGGCAGCUCGCCUCUGCCCAGGUCCCAAACCAGCACCUGCUCAGAGAAUCCAGCGUGAUAUCCACCCAGGGCAGCAGGCUCCUGGUCCCCCAGGUUCCCUUCCAGGCCUUUUCCUCACAGCCAUUACCACUAACUGGAAGCUACCAGGGACCUCGCCUCCGGACAGCUCGCCAGUCAGCAGACAGCAAUAGCGCUGGGGUGGCGCUGGAGGAAGGUGCCCUGGGCCGGCUCCGGAAGGGUCCCAACCCAGUGAGAAGCAUGCAGCCACCACGGGGCAGCCGGCAGCCGGCGGGCAGCGCGAGGCCCCAGCUCGUGCUCCCAGCCGCUCAGAGCCUCACCACACCGGCUCCCCACUCCCCGGGCGCCAGCCAGGGCCCGCCCAGCCCCGACUUCGGCCAGGACCGGCAGCUCAGGCUGUUGCUGAGCCAGCCGAUUCAGCCCAUGAUGCCCGGGUCCUGUGACAUGAGGCAGCCCUCCGAGGUCGGCAGGACGGGACAGCAAGUCAAGAGACACCCCAGGACCAGAAGCAGCUUUACUCCCGUGUUUAAUUCUAGAGACGAGGUCACUGGAGGCACAGAGGGGAGCUCAGAAAACCGCUGGGAAGCAGCUUCUGGCCCUUUGAGAAGUGGGACGGCUGGAUGUGCCUCCCCUGAGGGCAUCGCCAGGCUGUGCCCGCAGUGCGGCACCAUCUUAACUCCCGGCACGGCGCAGAGCCUGCAGUCCGCCCACGCCCGCAUCAGCGCGUGUUAUCCCCGGGCCUUCGUGACCGUCGUCGUAGUGGAUUUAUCUGCAUGUGGGUCAGCUUCCAACAUCCGGAAACAUACAAGCUCCACGGGGACCGUGUGGGGACCGCGUGCGCACCGUGUGGGCCGGGAGGAGCCCUGUGCUGGCAGGACGCUGCCUGCAGAGUUCACGCCGGCUGGUAGAACGCGGGGUUCCUUUCUCCCCCUCUCCCCAAGGCCCGCCCAGCCCUCUCCCGAGACCCCAGCCCGGAGGAGCCCUGCUCUGGCCGUCGGCCUCAGCCCAGGAGCUGUGGAAUCACACAAGCACCUCUGGAGCCCUUUCCUUUCCUUCCCUUUCCCUUUCCAGGGGCAGGCGCCAACCGCCGGGCACAGCGAGCAGCAGGACUCGCUGCUUCUCUCCCGCUCCGCGCGGCCGCCAGGGACCCUGGGCGUCGGCCCGCAGCCCCGGCCUCCUCGCCCACCCCGGAGGGGCGGCAGCCUGUCCGCGUCCUCAGGCCUCCAGCGGCUGCCCAGCAGUGCCCUGGCACCUCAGUCGGGCCCCAACCAGCUGUAG